GGAAGUGAAGGCUAAGCUUCAGCACCCGCUCGUAGCGGCUUUUGUUUCUCUUUGAGACGUCGGGAAUGGCUGCUCCGUGCUCCUCGGGGGUCACGUCUGAGCGAGGCGUCCCCGGCUCGGGGAUGUACAAGCUGGAGAUCGAGCUGAAGAGAGGACACAACCUGGCCGUCAGGGACAGAGGAGGCAGCAGUGAUCCUUAUGUGAAGUUCAAGCUUGCUGGUAAAGAGGUGUUCAGGAGCAAAACCAUCCACAAAAACCUGAACCCGGUGUGGGACGAGAAAACCACGUUGAUCAUGGAUUGUCUGAGCGAUCCUCUGUAUGUGAAGGUGUUUGACUACGACUUCGGCCUUCAGGACGACUUCAUGGGCUCUGCUUACCUUUACCUGGAGUCUCUGGAGCAGCAGAG